GUCAGAGUCUCAGGGGAAAAAGUUCACAUACUGAAGAAGAUGCAGAUACACUGAAGACUUCAUAAAAGUGAGCCAUGCGUCCUUCUGAAAGCUGAGAAGUAGCCCUCUGAUAGGGUCAUGAACCUAAGGCAAGUCUUUGUGUCGCUACUGAUGUUUGGAGUAGCUGGUCUACUCCUUUUCAUGUAUCUGCAAGCCUGGAUUGAAGAACAGCAUACAGCAUCUGAAGAAAAAUUGCAACAACAGAUAACUAAUCAGGAUUUCACGCUCCCACCUCCAGGGACGCAGAGGAAAGUGGUGCAAAACGGGCACGUUCCUCCUGGCCGCAGUAAGCAGGAGAUGGCCAUCUUGGGCAGCAGGCACUGGCGGGGGAAGGCCGACCCUUUUGGUGCAGUAGCUGUCUCCUUGGUGAGCAGACUGUCCGACCAGCAGAAGAUCAGCGAGCCACCUCUCAGCCAGUUCAGAGAAGUGUAUUUACCACCUGCACUACGCCCUCUGAACAAGACUUUGGUCAAGGGCGAUGAGUGGAAGGAUGUGGGUAGCACCCAGGAAAAGCGCAGGUCCUUCCUGUAUGAAUUCUGCAAGAAAUACAACAGCAGGAAGAAGCUGCGGACGCACCUGGUGCACAUGGUGUCACGAAUUUACGUGGAGGACAGGCACAAGGUCCUGUACUGCGAAGUGCCGAAAGCGGGCUGCUCCAAUUGGAAAAGGGUCCUCAUGGUGCUCAACGGACUCGCCACUUCCGCGCACAACAUUUCCCAUGACGACGUGCACUAUGGAAAGCAUUUAAGGAAACUGGACAGUUAUGACCUAAAAGGGAUAUACACACGUUUGAACACGUACACCAAGACUAUAUUUGUACGUGAUCCUUUGGAAAGACUCGUAUCUGCCUUCAGGGAUAAGUUUGAACAUCCAAACAGCUAUUACCAUCCGGUAUUCGGGAAGGCAAUAAUUAAGAAGUAUAGACAUAACGCAGAUGAAGAGGCAUUGAAAACAGGGUCAGGAGUUAAGUUCAAGGAGUUUAUCCAGUAUCUGUUAGAUUCCCAUCGUCCAGUAGGAAUGGACAUUCACUGGGAGCAGGUCAGUAAACUCUGCUAUCCCUGCCUCGUCAACUAUGAUUUCAUAGGAAAGUUUGAAACCCUGGAAGAAGACGCCAAUUACUUUUUGCAGCUGGUAGGUGCUCCAGCUGAGCUAAAAUUUCCGAAAUUCAAAGAUAGACAUUCCUCUGAUGAGAGAACAAGUGCAGAGGUAGUGAGGCAAUACUUAAAAGAAUUGUCUAAGGAGGAGAGACAGCUGACCUACGACUUCUAUUACUUGGAUUACUUAAUGUUCAAUUAUACAUCACCGAUUGUAUAGCACCAGAAUAGCUUCAGGCUUCUAUUAGAUAUUUAUCAUUUUGGGAUUCAGAACAACUACGUUGAUAUUACCUCUGAAAGGAAACAAAGUAACUGCUAAGUGGAGUUGUCUUGACUUACUGGAGGUUUUAUAAACUGCAGUGAUAUCAAUUGACAUAAAGUUAUAGGAAAAUGCACAAAAAAGACCUGUAAACAGCAUAAAUUGCACUAAAAUGCCUGCAAAAGCUGCUUUUACCAUUACAGAUUAUAUUGUGGAAGUGGUAAUGCAGCCAGCUGUUGCAUUAGCCUACCUAAUGCUCUUUUAAUGGUUUAAGAAAAAAGCAUUCAGAAUAGCAUGAUUUUUUUUUUUGGUGUGUCUGCUUUAGAAAUUGUUUUUGAAACUAUUUUUGAAUGUAUUUUUUACUUUCUGUUGCUUAUUAAUAAAGAAUCAUUGGCUAAUUUUC